AUGACGCCUGUGCCGAUGCCUGGCCAGCAUCAGACGUCUCGACUACCCAAGAAACAACCGCGUCACUCAAAGCCAGGCCAAGUAUCUCGUCGCUCGGGCUCAGCGUCGCCUCCGAACCGUCACAACCCCCAUGCCAAUCGUCGCUCAGGCCACUCGCGCACGUCGAGCGGGAGCCGGGCGAGUUGCUCUUGUUCUCACGAAACCGCCCUGGUAGCGGACCGCCCCGCUGUGGCCGCGGGGCACAACUACUCAGCCGCCAACUUGGCCAACUCUACCAACUCUCGGACGCACCGCUCGUUUCAUCCACCAUCGGCCUUCAUUUCCUUGUCAACAUCCUUCGUCGGUGCUUCCACCAAGUCCAGCUCUCUCAACCCGCCCCGCCAUCGCCAUCGCCAUCGGCAUACAGCAGAUGGUCCGCAUGGAGUCGACAUGAACAUCUCCGCCCUCAGUGCUGAGUCGGUAUCAUCCGCCAGCGGCACGACAUCCCUCUCGGCCCGCACCACCAUGACCUCGGACAACCAGGGGCCGGGAGAUAAUUUGUUGUCGUCGAGGCCAUUUAUCCAGCGAAAUGGCCGGACGUACCUCAACGACACCUCCCUUCCGUACCCCCUACCGUCAGACCUAACCGAGCUGCACCGCCAGUCGCUGCGAACGCUCCUCCUCAUUCAGCUGUUCGGGGCUCCAGUAUGCUCACCUGCUCUCACCAAGAAGCCUCCACAGCGCGUGCUUGAGGUUGGGUGCGGCUCUGGAUUUUGGAGCAUGAUGUGCCACAGAUACUUCAAGGAGAGGGGCCACGGCAGCAUCUGUUUCACCGGUAUUGACGUUGCCCCCCUUUCGCCAGGAAGCGCCAACCUGACAGAGGAUGCCACGCAACCCGAUCCAGAUAUGCGGUGGAAAUUUGUCAAUCACGACCUUCGCCAAUUGCCUUGGCCAGUGCCGUCAGAAGAGUACGAUUUGGUCAUGGUCAAGGAUAUGAGUCUGGCCAUGACCAACGCACAAAAUCAGCUCUUCAUUGACGAAUACUUGCGAUUACUACGACCGGGGGGCACGCUGGAAAUUUGGGAGUCUGAUCAUCUUAUUCGCAUGCUCAGGCCGCACGUGCCUGGGUCCGCUGCUACCGCCGACGAUGCGGAGGAGCAAGAAGCCGCUUCGAGCCUCGGCGCAUACGUCAUGUCCUCCAACACGCCGCUAUCCGCGCCUCUCAACAAUUUUCUCGUCGAGUACAACACUUGGCUGACGCGGGCUCUUGAGAAUCGUGACCUCAGUGCCGUGCCGUGUACUUUGAUACAACCCAUACUCCUUCAAGAAUCUGAGACCGUCACAGAUGUCAAGUCAAGGCGACUAGCAAUCCCCUUGAGUGAAGUGCGCUGGGAACGUGAGGGCGUCGGCGGCGUCGUGACUCGAGAUGGCAAGCAAACGGGGGAAGGGAGAGGAAAGGACCAGAAGCCAGAGCGCACGCUGACGGCGGGCCAGAUUGCUCUACGAAAAACGGCACUGUUAACUGUUGUCCAACAAGUGCAGGCACUUGAGCCAAUCUUGAGGGAAGUGAGUGGGAAGAGCCAGGAUGAGUGGGAUGUGUGGUUGGGCAAAAUGAUGAGUGAUUUAAUGAGCGAGAGCGGCGCAAGCUGGGGGGAGUGUCUCGAGGUUGGGGCGUGGUGGGCAAGGAAGAGGAAGAGAGGCCAAGAUUUGUGA